AUGGGGACGAAGGGAGACAGUGGAGAUGGGAGACAAGACAGAGGAGAUGGGGGACAGUGGGGAUGGGGGACAGUGGAGAUGGGAGACAGUGGAGAUGGGGGACAGUGGAGAUGGGGGACAGUGGAGAUGGGAGACAGUGGAGAUGGGGGACAGUGGAGAUGGGGGACAGUGGAGAUGGGGGACAGUGGAGAUGGGAGACAGUGGAGAUGGGGGACAGUGGAGAUGGGGGACAGUGGAGAUGGGGGACAGUGGAGAUGGGAGACAGUGGAGAUGGGGGACAGUGGAGAUGGGGACAGUGGAGAUGGGGGACAGUGGAGAUGGGGGACAGUGGAGAUGGGGGACAGUGGAGAUGGGGGACAGUGGAGAUGGGGGACAGUGGAGAUGGGGGACAGUGGAGAUGGGGGACAGUGGAGAUGGGGGACAGUGGAGAUGGGGGACAGUGGAGAUGGGGGACAGUGGAGAUGGGGGACAGUGGAGAUGGGGGACAGUGGAGAUGGGGGACAGUGGAGAUGGGGGACAGUGGAGAUGGGGGACAGUGGAGAUGGGGGACAGUGGAGAUGGGGGACAGUGGAGAUGGGGGACAGUGGAGAUGGGGGACAGUGGAGAUGGGGGACAGUGGAGAUGGGGGACAGUGGAGAUGGGGGACAGUGGAGAUGGGGGACAGUGGAGAUGGGGGACAGUGGAGAUGGGGGACAGUGGAGAUGGGGGACAGUGGAGAUGGGGGACAGUGGAGAUGGGGGACAGUGGAGAUGGGGGACAGUGGAGAUGGGGGACAGUGGAGAUGGGGGACAGUGGAGAUGGGGGACAGUGGAGAUGGGGGACAGUGGAGAUGGGGGACAGUGGAGAUGGGGGACAGUGGAGAUGGGGGACAGUGGAGAUGGGGGACAGUGGAGAUGGGGGACAGUGGAGAUGGGGGACAGUGGAGAUGGGGGACAGUGGAGAUGGGGGACAGUGGAGAUGGGGGACAGUGGAGAUGGGGGACAGUGGAGAUGGGGGACAGUGGAGAUGGGGGACAGUGGAGAUGGGGGACAGUGGAGAUGGGGGACAGUGGAGAUGGGGGACAGUGGAGAUGGGGGACAGUGGAGAUGGGGGACAGUGGAGAUGGGGGACAGUGGAGAUGGGGGACAGUGGAGAUGGGGGACAGUGGAGAUGGGGGACAGUGGAGAUGGGGGACAGUGGAGAUGGGGGACAGUGGAGAUGGGGGACAGUGGAGAUGGGGGACAGUGGAGAUGGGGGACAGUGGAGAUGGGGGACAGUGGAGAUGGGGGACAGUGGAGAUGGGGGACAGUGGAGAUGGGGGACAGUGGAGAUGGGGGACGGACUGCCGUGCCAGUUGAGGUAUCACGGGCACAGAAGAGCCGCAAGGUGUAA